AAAGUCUCACAUAAAGGAAAUAGGAGGAGUACAACAUGACUAGUUUUGUUAUUUCUUAGUGUGUUUACAACUGAAAAGGCCAUGAAGGCGAGCUUGGCAUGUGUUCUACUGUUCAUUCAGGUUUUUGAAGCCUACACAGAGUUGAUCUUUAGGCAGCUGACAGAGACCCAGUCACUGGAGCUUUCCUGUUCCCCUCAGCUGGAGCAUAGCAGCCUGACAGCCCUCUACCUGUACCACCGCAGUGCUCAGAGCCAGACCACCCUGCUGUCAAUGGCCGAGGGCGGCAAGCCGAGGGUCGACCCGGAACACAGAGGGCGGCUGCGGAUCUGUGGAGGUCUGGACUCCCUGCAGGUCAACGUGACCAUGUCCCAUUUACAGUGCAGUGACACGGGACUCUACAUGUGGGAGCUGAGUUACAGAGGGAACCGCUCUAAUCACAUCCUCCUCAGUGCUCAAAAGGUGUUCUUGUUGGUUGAAGGGACAAGGAGGUCAUGCCGGUGCUCUCCCAGUUACCCUCCUCUGCUCUUGACCAUCUUUACAAUAACAGGACUUCUUCUACUCACACUCAGCUGGCUGGUCAUAGAGAAAUGUGUGAAGGCGAGGCAUCAUCAUAGACCACAACCUCCGGUUCCUAUAUAUGAGGAAAUGACCAGGAAGCAGCAGAGUGCAGGAAUCCACCGAAAUAACCCAGAGGCCCCAUCACACCUGGAGGAAGUCAACUUCCCAGUCUACGCCAACCCCAACAUCCGACACCCACAGGACAACUAUUACGCCUGCCCCAGACAGCUCGCCCUCAGAGCCUGAUGCGAGUUCCGGCAUCGCACUAAAGGCGCAGAGAACAUUUACAGGAAGACCCCAGCUCUACUGCAGCAAUAGAAUAUGAGAGCAAGAGCGGACUUCUCAUCCAGGAAGUAAAAAAGACUGGUGAGAAAAAAAGCAACAGAGACAAACACCAAAUGGCAAAUUUUUAACAGCCAAGAAAAAAAAAGAAGCUAUUUUAUUAAUAUUGAAAGAAGCUCCAUAGUUCAUGAAAACAUUUGUUUCGGUGCAUGUCAUGUAACAAUCACAUUCUAUGAGGAGAAAGAUAUACAGAGAAAAAAAAUAAAACAUUACAAGCCACUGACUUU